UCGCGGUGGCACACACACACACACACACACACACACACACUGAGCCCGGUCGGCUGCCGAGAUGACACCCAGGCAGAUAACCGGAAAAAGAUAAUCGGUUAAAUUUUCUUCUAUACGACUCUUGAAUAUGUCGAGGAAGUGCAGUUAAUGGAGCCAGCUUCAUCAAUGGAUAGCCCGCAUCUCCGGAGGUUUCGCGAAAUCAGUGGCGAGAUUGCUUUUGCAGAGGAAAUACGCCUUCCGAGCAGGAGAACAACCAAUCAGCCGUGGCGAACCAAAGAUAAACAAGCCUUAUGAUAAGACCAAACUCUCAGGUUGUGUGCAGCCCUAGAUAACUAUCAUGCUGGCCUGUAUCCAGAGACGGCAGAACCUCUCCUUGCAGAACCUGGCCUGCAUACCCAAACGCCUUGAUGUUCCACCACCGCCGUUACUGCUGUCAGUGCCACCGCUGCAGCCGUGCACCCGCAAAGGCGAGCCUGCCUCCAUGAUUUCUCGGUACCCUUCUCCUGCAGAGUUGGAUGCUUUUGCCCAGAGGACCGCUAACAGUCCGCUGUCCAUCAAAAUCUUUCCGUCCGACGUCCGGGUGCCACAACAUAAACAGCUUAACAAAACCGUCAACGGGUUAGACACCACAGGACAAAGCUGUAGCCCCUUUUCACACCAAUCUUCAGGAGGCCACCAGGGAUUGUUGGCCACCAUCAAAGCCUCUGUGGUAGUCAAAGGUGUGGUAAAAACCUCUGAGGGCAGGAGGACUAAACAUGCAAACACCCAGACCUCCGUGGGGCCGUAUAAUAAUCCUCUGAAUAAUGGCUACACAGUCAGACACGGGCAUAAGGCAUAUCAUAUAAGCUCAUGUAAGCCCCAUGAUGUUCCCAUAGAGAGACUUUGUUCUAGCACAGGGAUGGCCUCCAGAGAUCAGAGCCUGGCCCCCCAGUCUGAGCUGGCAGAGGUUCAAAGCCUGAUGAGGCAGAUGAGCAGAGUUCCCCACAGCCAGGCCCUGCAGCUGGGGGGAGAGGCUCGAGCCAGCCCCUCUCUGCAGGCUGUGGCUGCAGUGGCACAUUCAGACUCAGACUUUGCCCUAGGAGUGCCGCCCCAGAGCAGCCUCGCUUUUACGGGAGCGGUGCUGCCCACACAGAGUGCAGACAUAGCCAAAGCGGGGUACUUAGAGAAAGGAGACUACACAAUGUGGCAGCAUACACAUCAAAUUCAGCUGCAGCAGCAGCAGCAGCAGCCCUAUCAGCAGGGAGCAGUGAGGAUGUACGGUGUGAGUAACGGUGCUCAGAGGCACAGAGGCGUACAGGCUGGGGUGGGCCAGUCUCCUGAAACCCGCCUCCCUUUGCCAUGCUCCUCACAGCUGUCGUACAGGCCUCACCAGGAGCGAGUCAGCGCCUCCUCUCUGAACUGUGCCGCCAUGCAGGGGGAGUUCUCUGUCGGACAGUACUACGCUCCUCUCUGGGACAGUGUCACCCCUAACAGCGACUGUUAUACUUCUCAGGUGCUGGAAACGGGUACAUGUGGAGCCAGGCUUAGAGACCUUGGACUCUCCCAUCCCCAUCUCCAUGCAGGCCGCCAUCAACACUUCCACCCACAGAGACAGCAGCCGCAGCUCCACCCUCCUCUUCCUCCUCAUACCCAGGUCUACAGCACAGACCAGAACCUCUGUUGUGGGCAGCCGAGUUCCAGCAUGUGCCACGCUGCAGUACUUAGCAGCAGCCUGCAGUCUCUGGAGUGCCUCAUCAGUGAGAUCCACCCUCCUUGCAUCAAAGAGCACAUGCUGGGCCGUGGGUAUGAAUCCAUGGGGAUGCCUCAGUUACUGGAGCACCACCAGCAAAGCCACAUCCAGCUCCCCGUCUACAGAUAGGGAGCGGCGUGCUGCCACACAGCGGGACGCAGGAAGGGACAAACCUUUUUAUAGACGAUAGCAGUGUGUCCAUUUAGACAACUAUGGAAAUGAGACAUGCCUUUUUUAGUUUGUGCAUGUACUUUAUUUGUAGAAGGCUUUGUGUUUUGAGCUUGAAAAGGUGAACGAUAAUCAUGACUUAAGAUACAGGUUUACCUUCUGAACUUGUUUUAUUUUUCUAUCUUUAAACGGCCAUUACAUAUACCUGCUGUUCCUCAUUUAAUGCUGAUGCUGAGCACCUAAUCAGAAUUUCCCAUUACGAUUUAAUAUGAACUGUAUAUUUUGUAGGCGAUGCCUGCAAUGAAGUAAACUUACUGAACUGAAAUAAUCAUCGGUACAUUUCUUUUCAGAGGGGUCGUUGGUGACAGUUUUUGUGUGAAUGUUGUAUAUGUCUUUGACAUAGAAUGGCUUUUUAUUUGAACAUUCCUUCAUUAUUAACUAAACGUUUGGUUGUCCGCUGCUUCAUUGCAUUCUUUUAUUUUGUUAUUUGUUUAUUUUGAAUACAAAUGUGGAUAGAUUUUCUUUUGUUAAGCAGCAGAGAAAGUUACGUAAUCCAACAUCUUGAUUGAUUUAAAGUAGUCUUGCUCAGCACAAUGUAAUAGGACUGUUGCAUAUCCAAAUCAACACUGUGGCAAUUUAGGCCAAACAAGAUGUGACCUUUUUUUAAAAAUUAUUAUUUGAAGACGUUGCUUGGACAUUUAUCUUGAAUGAAAUAAUCUCUGGAAGGUUGUGACACUGUUUCAUAAUGCCUGGGCAUAUAUAUGAGUGCCAUGUUGGAGAGCAGGCCAUCGUAAUCAUUUAUAUUAUCUUCUUUGCAGGGCUAUAUUAUCUCUGAUGGUGUGAGACGUAUGCCUGAGUAGUUUUCUGUGUGUCUGCACUGGUUAUGUGAUACUAUUUAUUUAUGUCAGUCUAAUGAGUUCUAUGGCGAACUGUCUCUAUAAUUAUAAAGUGCAAUUACUAUAUAUGAACAGGUGAGCGCUCUCUGUGAAGUAUGUUGUUGAAAUAACUACAUUUUGCAUUGUAUGACCCUAAUCCCUCAACCCUUUUUGAUUGUCAAGUAAAAUGAAAUUUUCUAAACCCA